ACCUGCAUUUCUCCUCGCAGGCCAUGGGCAAUUCCACUCUUGAGCGAAACAUUUUCGUUCACAGCUUACGAGUCCCCUAGCUGCUCCAUCCAUUGAAAAAUGUCCCCUGUUUCAGUGCUCUGUUUCUUGCUCUUUCACCUGCUAAUUCCUUCCCCAGCGCAAGCGGACGGUGAUAUAACCAUCGGAUCUUCUCUGACCGCGAAAAAGGACAACUCUUCAUGGCUUUCACCUUCCGGGGACUUUGCAUUCGGCUUUCGUACGCUACCUGCCAACCCCGACAACCCCGGUGAGGUCUUCUUGCUCUCCAUUUGGUAUAACAAGAUACCUUCGAGAACAAUUGUCUGGUUCGCAAAUGGAGAUCAUCCUGCACCUGAAAAUUCGAAGCUAGAGUUCACUUCCGACCUUGGCUUGGUUCUCACUGAUCCACGAGGAGAAAGAUUGUGGAAAUCAGAGAACAUCGUCGGUACUAUCUCGCAUGCUACCUUCAACGACACGGGCAAUUUUAUUAUUCUCGGUUCAAAUUUGGAGAAACUAUGGGAAAGCUUUGAAGAUCCCGACGACACAUUGCUUCCUUCACAAACGCUGGGAAAAAAGAAGUACCUUUCCUCUCGUCAAUCAGAAGGAAGCUUUUCCAGAGGAAAAUUCCAGCUUCAGAUGCUGGACAGCGGAGACCUCGUACUCAACACCAUAAACCUGCCUUCCAGUUAUGCAAACGAACCUUAUUACAGCACUGGAACUGCCCGAGAUUCGAACAAGUCGAGCCCGGGGAAAGAAGUCGUGUUCGACAAUUCAGCUUCUCCAUUUGUUCUGAGAGAAAAUGGCGAUAAAGUUUACCUCUCACAGGUGAAAGUACCUUCAGCAUCAGAUUUUUACUCUAGAAUUACGCUGAGCUUUGAUGGGGUUUUGACUCAAUACGUACACCCCAAGAAUUCUAGUUCUAAUGGAACCUGGAUCUCUCUGUGGUCUGAACCUGAAAAUAUAUGCACUGCCGUUCUUGCUCCACGCGGCUCUGGUGUUUGUGGCUACAACAGUAUUUGUUCCCUGGGUAACAAUAACAGGCCGAAAUGUGGCUGCCCCGAAAAAUACACUUUGCUUGACCCCAACGAUGAGUAUGGCAGUUGCACACCUAACUUCACACUGAGUUGUGAGGAAGAUGAAAAGAAGCUGAAGCAAGGUUCCAUAGAGGAUCUUUACACUUUCGUAGAGCUAGAGCACACGGGUUGGCGACGUCUGAUUAUGCCCUGCUGA